AUGCGUAAAUUCAGUUCUGUUCACGUAGCUCAAUGGAUGAUCUUCAUUAUUGUUACCACGCUUUCAUUCUUCUCCAUCUACAUCUUAGUCGAGGCCAAUUUACAGGGAGAAAAAGGAUAUAUUUGUGCUGUACAAACUAGUAGUAUCGUUAGCCAAGUGUACCGAAUCAUACAAGUUUUUUUGUUUGCUGUCGUUCCGCCUAGUCUUAUGACAAUUUUUGGUGUUAUGACUAUUCAAAAUUCAAAUCGAUCACGUGUGAUGCAAGUAACAACUUCACGUCAUAAUCGUACUGAACAUCAAUUGGUUCGAAUGCUUCUUCUACAAGUGAGUGCACAUGUUUUACUUACUUUACCAGCAAGUGUUACUUAUCUUAUGUCAGCAUUACUAAAUAGAAUUCAAAUAACAUCUACGUUUUUCUUUAUAUCUACAAUUUGUCAAUUACUUUUUGAUUCUUCUUAUGUCACAUCCUUCUUUUUAUAUCUUCUGUCUGGUCGUAUCUAUAGAAAAGAACUUAUUCGAUUGAUAUACAAAAUAUUUAAAAUUCGCCUUGGCAAUCAUGUUACACCUUCAGAGAAUCGCAAUACCAUUGUACCAGUCGUAUCAUUGGUUUAUCCACAAUCGACAAUUUAA